CCUUGGUGCUACUACUAUUGUUCCUACCACCUCGGUGAUUUAUAAGGAUGGCUGUGCUGGCUCACAGGAGGCUGAUGCAUGUUUGGCAGCUCCGUGUGGUCCUAGCGGGCCCCAGCAGCACCAGCAGGAGGCAGCUAGACGGCGGGAUCCCAGCCGCGGUUUCCUUCCCUGCUCCAGCAGUGGCUGUGCGCAGAGCACCUCUCGUCUGCCAGCUCUGUGGGUGCCCCGGGGCACUGCUGAGUGCGCUCUGCCUGGGGUCCUCCCGCUUCACUGUUUGGGUGUUCUGCUCUCUCACCUUCCCCUUGUUUCACAAGUGUAUACAGCGCUGUCCUCUAAUACGUUACAAGUCUCCAGCUGUUUUCAGCUUGAGCACUUCCUAGCUGGAUGUGAUUUCUGUGUAUUUUGUAGUCUUCAGUGGGUUUGUCCUCCACAAACGUGUCCCCCUCUUCCCUUGAGUGUAUGUAAACUCGCAGCACACACAACGUCCUUCCAGCAGGAGUUCUACGUGAACAAGGUGUAUCACACACCACUUCUAACCUGACUCACUAGGGGCAGCAGACCUGCGACAGAGAAAGAAGCAAAACGACACAGAAUCUGACAAAAUGGCUCCAGACGAGAGAAACAAAGAAAAUUCAAAGCUGGGAAGAUCGCCAAAAUAUGUGUUAAUUCAACGUUUUGCAAAACUUUUCUUUGGCUGUCUUGCGGCAGUCACUAGUGGAAUGAUGUAUGCUGUGUACCUCUCAACAUAUCAUGAACGGAAAUUCUGGUUUUCCACCAGGCAGGAACUUGAACGAGAAAUUACAUUUCAGGGUGACAGCGCCAUUUAUUAUUCAUUCUAUAAAGAACUACUAAAGGCUCCUUCCUUUGAAAGAGGUGUUUAUGAAUUGACACACAACAAUAAGACAGUAUCACUGAAGACCAUAAAUGCAGUCCAGCAAAUGACUUUAUAUCCAGAGUUGAUUGCCAGUGUAUUGUAUCAAGCAUCUGGUAGUGAAGAAGUUAUUGAACCAGUGUAUUUCUACAUUGGUAUAGUUUUUGGACUGCAGGGAAUUUAUGUGACUGCAUUGUUUGUAACCAGUUGGGUUAUGAGUGGGACUUGGCUGGCAGGAAUGCUGACUGUAGCAUGGUUCAUUAUUAACAGGACAGAUACAACAAGAAUUGAUUACUCCAUACCAUCAAGGGAAAAUUGGGCUUUGCCGUAUUUUGCAUGUCAAGUGGCAGCUCUCACAGGCUAUUUAAAAAAAAACCUAAAUUGUUCUGCUGAGAAGUUUUGUUACCUUUUGGUAAGCGCUUCAACAUAUACCUUCAUGAUGAUGUGGGAGUACAGUCAUUAUCUCCUGUUUAUCCAGGCGGUUUCUCUUUUUCUGCUAGACAGCUUUGCCCUGGCACAGACAGAGAAGGUGCAUGAAGUAUACAAAAUCUACUUGUUUUCUCUCUUCUUGGGAUACCUCUUGCAGUUUGAAAAUUCAGCCUUACUAGUGUCACCAUUACUAAGUCUUGUAGCAGCUUUGAUGCUCUCUAAAUGCCUUCAGAUGAAUAUGAAAAAAGGCACAUUUAUGUCAAGAUUGCUGAAAAUAAUGUAUGUUUACUUGGUACUUACAAUAACAGUGACACUAAACUUCUUACUAAAGAUGUUUGUUCCUCAUAAAGAAAAUGAGCACUUGCUGAAGUUCCUUGAAGUUAAACUUGGCCUAAACACAACUAAGAAUUUUACAAUGAAUUGGCUCCUUUGUCAAGAAUCUCUUCAGGCACCCUCCCAAGACUUUUUUUUGCGGCUAACUCAGUCAUCACUGUUGCCUUUCUAUAUUUUAGUAUUAAUUAUCUGCCUUUUUUCUGUAACUCAGGUCAUUUUUAGGAGAAUUUGUGGUGAACCACUGAAAGAGACAGUUAAACUUGAGGAUGGUCGAAUUGGAGAGAGGCCAGAAAUAGUUUAUCAUGUAAUUCACACAAUUUUACUUGGUUCUCUAGUGAUGUGUUUGGAAGGAAUGAAAUAUUUGUGGACUCCUUAUGUUUGCAUGCUUGCUGCAUUUGGUGUAUGCUCUCCAGAACUUUGGAUGACACUCUUCAAGUGGCUUCGAUUGAAAGCUGUACACCCGAUAUUACUGGCUCUCAUUCUAAGUAUGGCAGUUCCCACAAUAAUCGGAUUCAGCUUGUGGAAAGAGUUUUUCCCUAGGAUAAUGACAGAGCUUUCAGAACUACAAGAAUUCUAUGAUCCUGAUACAGUAGAACUCAUGACAUGGAUAAAAAGACAAGCUCCUGUAGCUGCUGUGUUUGCAGGUAGUCCACAGUUAAUGGGCGUGAUUAAGCUUUGUACUGGAUGGAUGGUGUCAAGCCUGCCUUUAUAUAACGAUGAUGAUCUCCUAAAAAGAAAUGAAAAUAUUUAUCAGAUCUAUUCAAAGAGAUCAGCAGAGGAUAUUUAUAAGAUACUGACAUCUUACAAAGCCAAUUUUUUGAUUAUUGAAGAUUCAAUUUGCAAUGAAGUGGGACCUGUAAGAGGAUGUAGAGUUAAAGACCUGUUGGAUAUUGCAAACGGCCAUGUGGUUUGUGAGGAAGGUGACAGUUUUGCCUACUCAAAAUACGGACGAUUUUGUCAUGAAAUCAAAAUGAACUAUUCUCCAUAUGUGAAUUAUUUUACUCGGGUGUACUGGAACAGAUCCUACUUUGUAUAUAGGAUCAACACUGUGAUAUCCUUCCAGUCGUGAAAAGCAUGCAAGCUUCUUUCUGAAGAUAAUUCUGAAUGGAAUUCAGUUGGAAAAGUUCCUUCUGAUCAAGGAAAAUAUUUUUCCAGAUACAUGUGGGCACAUACAGUGUACUGACAACUUUAAUUUACCAAACUGGAACUGUGUGAACUACAGAUCAACAGAUAGAAAUACCAUCCUUGAAGGGAACAGGAAAAUUUGUCAAUUUUACAGUUUCUACAAAGUGUGACAGUCUUCCAUGUUCUGGCAUUUGUCUUCCCAUUACAAAUCAUCUUAAUCUUCAUGUAAAUGAGAUUUCUAACAUGAAUGUUAAAUCAUUUAAAGAGACCUUAUGUGGGUAGACUUCAGUAAAGGCAGAAACGUUAUGUUAAGGACCUCAUUUAAAGUCAUACAGCUUUUCUUUUCUAGCAAGAAAGCAAUCGGUAUCCUAAGAAAGAGUCUUUUCAAAUAAGUGUUUCGGUUUUUAGUUUGUUUUUGUUUUUAUUCUUCCUGUCUUCCACUAUAAACAUUGUUAUGUUUAUCAAACAUUCAUACAUCUUAUGUGUAGGUAUAGUAUUUGUAUAAAUCAAAUCAGGAAGAUUUUAUUAAAACAACAGUCUCAUAGAUUAAGGCAUUGAUCUCCGCAUUAUUGGAGACAUGUUGGUGGAAGCACUUGGACUUAGACCUAGCUGCAGGACUUGAUGAGAUCAGAUCUUCAAUUUGGAAAGAACAUGUCUGUAGGAUUUCUCCAUUACUUAAAUAUGUAUAUGUAUAUGCAUAUGUGUGUCUUAGCAGUCAUCAGAAUGGGCCAGUAUACCACAGUAUACCAUACUUGUAUUUAGACAAGUGUUGCAGGACAACUAGGUUUGCUACUGAGACUUCUGCACUUCUCUUCGACCCCCUCUGUGCGUGUGUGCAUAAGUGUGUGUCUGGGGAGGGAUGAGUGACACUCAUUUCAUUCAACUUAUUAUGUGAUAGUCAUAUUAAGAUAGUGCCAUAACUUUGAUUUUAAACACUAUAAUCACCACCAUUAAGAAGUAAUGGUAAAAUAUUUCAUAGCUAUUUUUAAAUCAAUUGUGUAACUACACUUGGAUCUUUCAAAAUGUUGGAAAGUACUUUGAAAUCUUCCCUCUAAAAUUUUUGUCUUCCUUAUGUGACCCCCCCUUUGCCCCUGCAGCUAAUUUGCUUAAUAAGUUAUGUGUUCAUCCCGUUUGUUUUGUUGAUAGCUGAUGUACUUUUAAAAGAAUGAAUAUUGCUUUAAUUCCAACUUUGGGCCUAAUCCUGAUGUCGUGAAUGGAAGAACCCAACAAAAGGUAACAGUAACUUUGCUUAGAUAGGUGUAGCUGGCCAAAAUGUGAGAACUUAAGUUUUGGAAGAGGUUAUUCACUUAGCAGGAGUUAGGUGCACUUACGGAUUCUUGUAACACGUGGCCAAGGGACCAGUCCGUCAGCCAUGUGGGAAUAGUUCUUUGGACCCCAGAUGUCUUUAAUGAAACAUCUGGCAUAAUAGGAUGGACUUUGUGAUCAAAAUCUCCAAACUAUUUUGUAAAUGAAAGCUGCAAAACUAUUCCCACUGCAUUUGUUGGUAAAUGCAAAUUCAGAGGUUUUAACUCUGUGAAAUUACUAGGAACUGCAACAUGUCGGUGUAUAUGUAUGGUUCCUGAAUGCUCUAUGCACAUAUGUUUACUUACUUUACGCUAAAGGUAGUGCUGAGGGUUUUUUUGUUUGUUUUUAAUGUUAUCACUGUUGGAGUGAUUCAAAAGAAAAAAGCUUUACUGUUGUGAAUGUCAACAUGUCUGUAAUCUAUUUUUCACUUAUAUUUUUAAGCCUAAGAGUCUUGACAAGAUGUUAAAUUACACAUUUUAUUUGAAACCAUUGUUCAGAUAACUUCAUCAAAAAAUAGUGGGUGUGACCACUGAGAGAAACAUUAGUAUAACUGAGUUAGAAGUUAAAGUAAGUAUUCUUCCUGGGAAUGCAGUCACUGUGUUGAGGAUAGUGUGUAUGUUUGUCCAAAUGCAGUGUGCAUUUAUUUGCUUAUGUACAAGUGCGUAUGUUUGACCGCACUGAAGUGUUUCGGACUUUUCUAUUACAGUGUAACAACAGAAGCUACUGUAUUAACUUGAGCUAUGGCAGGCAUGCAGGAGCCUUCUCUGUAUGUGCUAGUAUGGAUGUAGAUUUAUUUAAUAUUUUGCAGUAAGUUUAGAGUUCCAGUAAGCUUAGAGUUCCAUAUAUAAUUUAAGUUUGUUUGAAUCACUGUCCGGAAUUACAUAUCUGUGUGUCAGUCAUUCACUCACCUGACGUUAAUCAUUCAUGAACACCAUUUCAUGACAGCAAUAAGGCAUUCCAGGUAGCAAAUUUCAGGGUUACAAUUGCACUUGGGUGGCUGAAGUCACUUAGCUUAUGGCUUCAUGCCUUAUAACGCCAUGCCAAGAUGCAAUAUUUAACUAUCCUAGACUGCCUGUUGUGUUUUACUGCAGUGCUGUAUGUGUGUGGUACCACAUAGAACAUAGUUUGAAUACAUACAUGUAGAGCGCACAUAUUGAGAAAAAUACAAACAAGGCCAUCCACACACUUAAAGAUAACUGUCUCGUAGCACAUUGGCCUUUAUACAUGUUUGAACAAACAUGUUGAACCUUAUUUGAACUGUGACAUAGUUAUUUUUAUUAGUUUUGUCAUAGUUUUUAAGAUGUAUUCUUGAUACUUCAAUUGAUUCUGCUUUAGGAGAAUCAGGUAAGAUUUUUACCUUGCUUUUUAUAUUAGAGAAAAUUGUAUUGCAGCAGCAUUGGCACAACAGCCUUAAGUAACAGAGAAGGAGUCUUGUAUCUGGGAUAAACAUAGCUGCUGUUGUCCCAGUGAGAAGGCAGCAUUUUUUUAAAAUAAGUGACUGGAAGAAUUGUAUCUUACAAAGCAAAUUAUAUACUUGAACUUAUCCAGUUAUGGAGUAGCAAAAAUAAUACUGUCUAUUCCAAUUUCCACAUUUUGUGAAAAAGAAAAAAUAAGUUCCGUGAUACCCCUCAGAAGGACAAGAAUAGGGCAUAAUUACAUCUGACAUGUUUGUACAAGCCUAGCUUGUUUUUGAACACAGGUCACAAGUCUAACUUCCUGACAGAGUUGGGGGAAUGUUUUGCAGAUUUUGAUCUGUUUUGCUGUAGAUGUUGCAAUUCAGUUGAAACAUGUGCCUUGCAAGCUUUUAUUAAACAAACAAAAAACUCAAUCUGUGUUUCUUUUUGUGAAGAUUUUUUUUAAAAAAAAAUUCCCAUUCCUCUGAUUUCUAGAGCUCCAGUUGUGUCUUAAUACCUUUGCCUCCAAAGAUGUUCAUGUAGUAAAAUGGUGCAGCUAGGAUGUAUGCAAACCAUCUUAUUAACAGCUGUUCACCGGGAAAAGGGAGAAUUUGCAUAGCAAUUUGUAUUGCUGUUGUGUUGUUUUAUUUCCUCUCUUCACACUUGCAACUUCUGAUAUACUUGGUCUUAAUAAAUGCAAAAAAUUACCUUGAAAGAAUGAGUAAGGUAUUUUCACACACUCACCUGUCACCAUUAGAGUUGUGGAAGUUUUAUCAAGUCACAGUUAGACUGACAUGUACAGUUUUGUUGUAAACUUUUAGAGAUACUCUUUCACUUCCUGAAUUACCACAUACUUGAACUCAGUUGAUAAAUUUGUCAGGAGGUAUUAGAGACUAAUUAAGCAAUGGCAUUUCAGAACAGAAGGCAUUCUGUUCAUAUUAUUAUAAAAAUACCAUUUCCAUUUCUUCCAAACUAAAUACAAAUUUUAAAGUUAAGUACAAUUUCUUUUUUGGAGGGAGCACACACAUAUCUGAAGAAAGGACUAAGGUUCGACAGGCAUUGAGAAUUCUUCAAACCAUUUGUUCUGGUUGCGUUACUGUUUGCUGAAAGACCGACAAUUAGGGAUCAAAUUUUGUGCUUGCCACCUUAUUUCUGUAAGCCAUCUGCGAGGGUCCAAAUCUUGUGACCCGUCAUCAGCUUUCCCAUGCAAUUCACAUGAAUAAGAGCUGCAAGAUCAGGUCCUAGGGUUUAUAAACUGUCAUGGAAACAUGUUAAUGACUAUUGUUAACUAUGUAUAACCUAUGCUUUAAACAAAAAUCUAACAGGAGAAAGUGUAGGCUGUUUGUGUGUAUGUGUGGGCACACACAUUGUAUUUGCAUUUAAAGAUGUCUGUUUUACUAUUGUGUUUUGUAGAAUUUAAUGAGUAGCAUCUAUUAUUGCUAAUGGUGGUUAAAUCUGUAAAUCCCCUAAAAAUUUACCAGCAGAUGUACUCAAGUAUCGUGGUAUUAAAGAUGAAACAAAAACUGAAUUUAUUCCAAUACAAGCAAUAUUUCAUGUGAAGUAAUACCUCAGCAUAAAUCUGUUUAAUCAUGUCUUUAGUACUCUUUUUAAAACUAAACUUUAGAGGAAAAAAAGGUGAAAGUCCUAAAACAUGCAGUGCAUGUUUAGUUAGUAAUCAUUUCUACUUCAUCAGUACAGCUAAAAUUAAGAUAUCACCAUUAAGUUGUUGCAUUCUUUAAAAUUGCCUACCUAUGCCAAAUAUAAGGCUAGCUAUGCCUAGAACUCUUCUGAAUUGUUUGGUACCUCAACUAGAUGUUUAAAUGUGUUAUUAGAUUAGGCAGUGUUUUAGAUUGCAGCGCAAUUAAAUGUAUGCAAUUCUGCCUUUCAAGUGAUGAGAGUAUGUUUAAGGUUAUCUAUCUAUUGGAUGGAAAAGAGGUGGGUGUUUAAUACCCUAUAAAAAGUUUCAAUCUUUGUAGUUCAGUAAUGUAGAAGUAUUACUGGUAGUGCUUUACUUGUUACUGGUGACAUUUAGUAGUAGCAUAUAUGGCAUAUGAACAUAUUUAUGUGCAGGUAUUUAAUAACAAAUCUGAGGAAUUCAAUUCCUUAUGUCCUGUUUGUUGUCUUGGACAGAUUUUUAUCAAAACAAUGUAUACAUGGUAAAUAUUUUUCUCUUGUGAUAAACUUUUUCUGUGCAAAAAAAAUAAUAAAAACCAAGUCCAAAAAGUA